AUGAGCAAGUACACCUGCCCACAGAAUUCCGUUUGCGUCAAUCUACCAGGAACAUUUCCUGAUAACUGUACCGAGGGUUUUGCGCCGAAAGGUCUUCCAUUGGAAAAAUGCGCUGAUAUCAACGAAUGUGAAAUGAACCUUCAUAACUGCGGAGAAAAUCAAAUGUGUCAAAAUACG